CUCUCCACUCCCAUCGUCAUCGGCGAACACACCAACCGGCGCGGGCCCCGCCAAUCUUCCGGAGAUGUCUUCCCAGCCCUCUGCGCGCAAACUUUGCGUACGGCACCAGCGCAUGGCGGACGAGGGCACCAACCUCAAGCUGCAGCAGGCACUCGAUGCGCUCCCCGUCGCCGAGCGCGAGGCCGUCAGCGCGAUCUGGUCCGCGUUCUCCUCGUCGCCCCAUCCGCGGCGCGCGCUCAUCCUCCAGGGGCUCCUCACUAUGUGCUGCUUCUCCCAGCUUUCGCUCCUCACCGAGCAGCUCGCGCAGCUCAUCCGCAUCGACCCCUUCGCCGUCCUCCCGCGCGAGGUCUCCCUCAAGGUGCUCGGCUACCUCGACGCCACCUCUCUUUGCCGCGCCGCGCAGGUCUCACGCCAGUGGAAGAGCCUCGCGGACGACGAUAUCCUCUGGCGCGGGAUUUGCGAGCAGCAUAUCGGUCAGAAGUGCCUCAAGUGCGGAUGGGGUUUGCCCAUCCUCGAGAAGAAGCGCCGCCCCCUCCCACCCGCCGCAUCUGCUUCGACGUCCUCUUCAUCCGCGUCCGUGUCUUCGUCGCCUUCCCCAUCGCCAAGCCUGCCUGGGCCGAGCUCUACGUCUAGGCUGAAGCGAGCACAUGAUGACCCGGAGCCAGGACCGUCCGGGGCGUCAACGCAUUCAGCAAAGAGGUUGAGGCUAGAGGAACGCAACCGGGCAGCGUCCCCGCCGUCAGAAGCCAUCGUUAACACCGUGCCCCCCUCCGCCUACCCUUCCAACCCCCUCAUCGUGCCCCUUUCCGAGACCCCCGCCACCGACUUGAAAACCCGCCCGUGGAAGGACGUCUACUGCGAGCGCCUCACGAUCGAGCGAAAUUGGCGGCGCGGGCGAUGCACCGUGCGCACGCUCAAGGGGCACACCGACGGCGUAAUGUGCCUGCAGUUCGCGGAGACGCUCGCGCACCCGUCCUUCCCGGUGCUCAUCACGGGCUCGUACGACCGCACCGCGCGCGUCUGGAACCUCGAGACGGGCGCGGAGGUGCAUACGCUCGCGGGACACACUCGCGCGAUCCGCGCGCUGCAAUUUGACGCGGCCAAACUCAUCACCGGCAGCAUGGACCACACGAUGCGCGUGUGGAACUGGCGCACCGGGCAGUGCGUGAAGACGCUCGAGGGCCACACCGCGGGCGUCGUCUGUCUCAACUUCGACUCGAAUGUGCUCGCGAGCGGGUCCGUCGACACUACGGUAAAGGUCUGGAACUUCCGCACCGGCGAGUGCUUUACGCUCCGCGGGCACUGCGACUGGGUCAACGCCGUGCAGCUCUGGGACGCGAACGCGACCCCGACCGGGUGCGGCAGCGGCCCUAGUGCUCCCAGCCGGCUCGCUGUCGAGAGCGGGUCAUCAGCACCACAAAUCGACGCGGGCAAGAUGCUCUUCUCCGCUUCGGACGACGGCACGAUUCGCCUCUGGGACCUCUCCCUGCGCACAUGUGUGCGCCAGUUCAAGGGUCACGUCGGGCAGGUGCAGAGCCUCAAGCUUUUGCUCGUCGACGACGAGCGGCGCGAGUCCAACGACCCCGCCACCGCCGCCGCAGACGCCGAGCUCCUCCUCGACUCCUCGCUCUCCCCGCGCUUCUCUUCCCCGUACCCAACCGCCUCCCCACUGCUGAAGCGCAGCCACACUACGCCCGCCGCGUCUGCACUGGAGUGGACGACGCCCGCCUCGCCGGUGAAGCGCCAGAAGCCGGUGCUGAUCUCGGGCAGCCUGGACAACACGAUCAAGGUGUGGGACAUCGAGACGGGCAAGGUGCAGCGCACGCUCUUUGGGCACAUCGAGGGCGUGUGGGCCGUCGCGAGUGACAAGCUGCGCCUCGUGAGCGGCAGCCAUGACCGCACCAUCAAGGUGUGGUCGCGCGAGGAAGGCAACUGUACCGCGACGCUCGUCGGACACCGGGGCGCAGUGACAUGUCUCGCGCUUGGCGAGGACAAGAUCGUGUCCGGGAGCGACGACGGGGACAUCCGUGUCUGGAGUUUCAGCGGGUAGUGCAGCGUGUUCCCGAAAAGUUUUUCUGGGUGAGAUGAGUUCAAGUUGGAAGUUGAGAGAUACGGUGUACAUUAUAUUGCCCUAGCGUAUACCCCCGCAUAGUUCCCCGCCUGUUGUAUCCUGCUCUUCCCCGCAUCCUGGUGGUCGCUUUACCAUGCAUGCUUAGCUUAGCUAGCUUAGAUCGGCUCAUGGAUUCACUGUAUCUUUCGGUGCCUUCCAGUCCACUGCGAUUU